CCGUGAUGCCGGCUUCUACGUCACUCAUCUACUUUUCUAGGCAGCGGCCAAUGAGAAGUGAGGAGGAAAGUCCCGGUCGUCUCCACAGCUGAGGUUAGGACUGCCCGGGGCCGGAGCUGUCACUACUCAGGUGACCGAGCACAGGCCGGUAAUGGACGCUUACAGGAUGGACAGUCUGGACGGAUGGGUGGCCGUGCGGCCCAACCUCUUCCAGGAGUCGGAGCUGCACAAGAUGGGCUUCAUCGUGGCCUGGAACCAGGUGGAAUACAAGUUCGCGGUGACCUGUCACAACCGGACCGCGCAGCGGAGGAAGCGGCGGGAGGGGGAGGACGGAGAGCAGAGCAGCUGGGCCGGCCUCUACAGCGUGCACGACCUGGAGCACAUCCACCGGCAGCUGAGCUCUGUGAGCAGCCGCCUGGAGCUCUGCUUCCCCCGCUUCCCCGCCCAGCACUCUGCCGGCAGCCUGUGGACUUUACUCUUCCCCGAGGCCCCGUCCUGGGAUGGAAGCGUCGAGGAGCUGGAUGCCGUGUGCCGGGCCCUGGAGAGCUACCUCAGCGCCGCCAUAGAGGAGUGCGGCCGCCAAAUCGUGCUGGACGUGCUGUUCCCGGAGGACGGGGAGGACAACGAGAAAUACUUCGAGAACCUGCACGAGUUCCGCAAGAAGAGCCUGGAGGAGCAAGUGUGCCGGGCCAAGGAGAGCCUGCGAAGGAUUCUUCAUCAGCACAAAAAUGAAGAUAAAAUGAUGUCUUUACUUAAAGUUUAUGAACAAGAAGAUGAAGCUUUUACGGAAUUAGUUACUAUGGCAACCCAGUUCCACCAAUACUUACUGCAGCCUUUCAGAGAUAUGAGAGAGCUUGCAAUAUUAUACAAGCUGGAAAUACUGAAAUCACUGGAAAUAGAUGAAUUGGGCCCAAAACGCAUAGAGGAUUUGCAAAAGGAGGCUGAUAAAUGGAAUACAACUGCUGAAGAGGCUGAACGCUCUAUACAGAAUAUCACAGUGAAUUAUUUCAAGGAGACUUCGAAAGCACUCGCUGCAAUGCAAAAACACAUGGAGCUGGAUGGAAGGAGAUUUGGACAAGCCACUUGGGCUUCAGCAAUUCCUAGACUGGAAAGGAUCAAGUCUAUGUUGGCAAAGGAAAGUCUUCAGCAUAUGAGAUCAAAGGAGCUGUGCCUGAAGCAGAAGAGAGCAGAUAUUAAGCAAAGUAUGGAAAAUCUGAGUAACACUGAUGGGGCGGUUGCAUGGUUGGAUCGGCUGGAGCUGCAGUACUAUGAGACGCAGUUAGAACUUUAUGAUGUUCAAUUUGAAGUACUGAAACAUGAAGAAAUGUUGCUAAUAACGGAACUAAACACACUACGAAGGCAAAUAAAAGAUAAAGAGGAAGAGGUUGUCUACUAUGACACAUGUGAAGAUCCUCAGGAACUACAGACAUUUGAGCAGUCCAGUAACAGUUCAAUACAACUUAUGCUCAGAAGGAAAGCACAGCAGCUGGAGUCAAAACGGGGGAAUAUCUGUUCAAGACGAGCAUUACUGAGGAACAAAAAAGAUCAGUGCAUAGAGACACAGGAGCUUAAACUGCAGCAGUACCAGGAAACACAGAGGCGGCUUGAGCAGCACCACUCUGCACAGAUGAGAAGAGAGAAGAAAAAAGAGGAAGAGAAAAAUAAAAAACAAUGGGUUGAUGAGGAACGUCAAAAAACACUACAGAGAUUAAAAAGCUAUAAAGAUAAAAAAGAAUCCCAUGUUGUGCUGAAAACCUCUAGAAUACAGGCACGUUUACCCGCUAAAUCCAGAGAGAGCUUAAAACCUUUUAAUGAAGCAGAAGGGCCGAGGAGUGGUUCAGUAGACAUCCCUGUACAGAUCUAUGAUCAGAAAAGAAGUUCUAACUGUAGAUUGUCCAGUGAUAAUCCUUCCAAUCAAGAUCAUUUCCCCCCGCCACCUAUGGUUCCUCCUCCACCACCACCUCCUCCUCUUCCUCCAGCAGCCCCUCCCCCUCCUCCACCUUUACCACCACGAAGUUGCCUAUUGGAAAAUCCAGCUCAUUUACCUUAUUCACAUGAGACCCAAAAUCUACAUGAAGAUCAAGUGUUGAAAGGUGAACAUGCUGGAAAUCAAACUACACCUGGAAAAUUAAAAGCCCAAUUGAACCAACAUUCAGGUUCCAUGGCAGAGGUGUUGGCAUCAUUGAAACGCAGUGAGAACCUUCUCCGUAAGGUGGCACCACCACAGGCUUCUGUUACCGAUGUAAGAGACAAUAUAUUAACGGCCAUAAGACAGGGAGUAAAACUGAAGAAAGUGCACAAAGAACCUGGGCAUAAAGAGCCUGAAAAUGAACUGGAGCAGAGUAUAAGAGCAGCUAUGCUGAGGAUGAAAAAAGUAUCUGCUGACUCCGAUGAGGAGGAGAGAAGUGAAAAUUUCAGUGGUGACUGGGACAAUUAAAGGGAUAUACACAGGUAUCCCUGGUUUAUUAAGGAGGACCUUACUUUUUACACUUACGUGUAUUUUUUAACUGACAGAUUGGAUGUGAUUCUUUUGGGACAUCACAUAGCUAUAAGCUUGCCAGAAGAAAAAUAUCAUAAUGGGAGCCUAUUAAAUCAGUGUUGUCAUAUUAUAACUCCUUUUUUUUUUUUAAGGCCAAUCAUGUUUUGCUGAAUGUUUUUCAAACUUCUGUUUGCUACCGAUAUGCAUUCAGUUGCAAAGUUUUCCUUAUCAGUUGAAUUUCUACAUACAAACACCACUGGAAGUAUUUUUGUAAUUUGCUUAUUUUAUGUCUUCACGGUUCAUUAUAAACUCAUCACUACCAAGCUGCUUAAUACAAUUGUUCAGCAGUUUGAUGAAAUUGUAUAUACACUUAUUAAGACUUUAGAUUCAUAAAAUGAUCUUUUGGAUUUAUUUUGUUGACGCAGCAUCCACCGCUGUGCAAAUCCGGAAUGAUUGAAUCGAACGCAUAUCCGGAGCCAUCAUAGUGUCGUGUGUUGAUGCUACAACCAAUCUUGCUUAAGAAAUAUGCAGAGCAGAAGUAAAAAAAAAAUAUAUAUAUGGUUUUCCCCAUAAUUUACAAAAUAUGAUCUCAGAAAAUUUGCAAUAAGAAAAUAGUAAAAAAAAAACUAGAAAAAAAAUCCCCUUUAAAACACUGUUGUCGUGUUCACUGGAACUUUUUUAUCUUACAUGAAAAUACUUCAUUAAUGCACAUGCCUAUAGCUUGCGAAUGUUUGCACAGCGUGCUGCUCUCUUCCAUUCAUCAAUUGUCUGCUGCACUGUUUGUACAUUACUGUCAGACUUGAUGAGCAAUGGAGGAUACUUGUGUUUCCCUAUGGCUGUGCUACCCUAAUACCAGUUCACUUGCUCAAUCGUCUAUUUCAUAUAGCCGUAAUGUAGCCAAUUUACCAUCUGUAUCAGGAGGGGUGUUACACACAGGUGUUUGUGGCAGUUUUUUUUAUUCAAUCUUUUGAGCCAGAACCAGGGGUAGAUUUGAAAGGAAAGGGAAAUAAAAAAAGGAAAGACUUUUAUACUUCUCCUGUAGAUCCAAAUCUGGCUUUGACUCAGAAACUGCAGUGGCAAAUGUCCAAAAAACACUGACACCAGCCUCACAGGCACUAGCACCCGUUUUCACAGCGGACCUUCCUCAAUUUGGAUUCCACUUGUUUGUUAAAUGGAACUUUUUUCCUACCCUCUUAUUUACUCUUAGAUAAAUUAAGCUACAUUUUGCAAUGUGAACUUGGCUUAUAAAAUUACUACGUCCAGUUAAAUCCAUAUUUUUAUAAAUCUUUCAUUUUGAUAAGUUUGAAAACAUGUUUAUGGGAUAAAAAAAAAAAAAUCUUUCAUGGUUUCAUACUGUGCCUUUCUGCAAGUACAGAUAUAUAAAUAGCUGUACAAAUGUGUAUCUUAUAAAUAUAUGCUUAGACUGGACAAGCUUUGUUUUAUUUCAUGCUGUAAACUUUUGUAGCAGGACAUCUUUUAGUAAAAUGUAGCAGUUUCAAAUAUACUAACUGGUGUACUAUAGUAUAUUUGUGUACACAUACAAAUGCCAAAAUAAAAAUGGUCCCAA